AUGAAGCUCGCUACAGUAUUUCGAAAUAUCGCCUUCCUGGCAGUCUCCGCCGACGCCCUCAACCCUCGCGCUGCACCCACCACCCCCAAAAAACAAAAAGACCUCUGGGUACCGGAAGUCGGCGCGAAAUGGGAGAUCAUCCUCUCUCAAGUUUUCAAGAUCCCCAAGGGUGGUGCCACCAAGCUAGACCCUAGCGUUACUGUCUACGACCUAGAUCUCGUCGAGAAUAGCAAGAACACAUUCUCUGCUCUACAAAAGGCUGGAAAGCACGUCAUUUGCUACUUCAGUGCUGGAUCGUUGGAAGAUUGGCGUGAUGACAAGGAUGAAUUCCGCGCUAAAGACCUGGGAAAGACCAUGGAUGGCUGGCCUGAUGAGAAAUGGGUCAACAUCAGAAGUACGGCGGUCCGGGCUAUUAUGGCCAAGAGGAUCAAGGUUGCGGCGGACAAGGGCUGUGAUGCUAUCGAUCCUGACAACAUGGACGGCUACCAAAAUGACAAUGGUCUCGGUCUCACAGAAGCCGACACAAUUUCAUACGUCAAAUUCCUAUCCCAGGAAGCGGCAAAGUAUAACAUGGUCAUGGGUAUGAAGAACGGUGGAGAUGUUACCGAACAGGUCCUCCCAUAUGUUGCCUUCAGUAUCAAUGAGCAAUGCAUUCAGUACAAGGAGUGUGGUCUCUAUGCGCCAUACAUAGAGGCUGGCAAGCCCGUGUUCAACAUUGAGUAUCCCAAGGGCGCGCCAAAGGUCAAGGCCAGUGACAAGAAGAGAAUUUGUUCGACUACUGGUGCUGCUGCAGAUUCUGAAGAUUUCAGCAAGAUUAUCAAGAAGAUGAACCUGGACAGCUGGAGUAUGUAUUGUUAG